CUUAGGUACAAAUUUAAAAUGGCGAUGAAAAAGUGUUUCUUUAGAUUGAACAUGAACGUACUUAUUCGUGCAUUGAUAAACUGCGGAGGACGUUGAUCUUCUGCUUACCUGAGAGAAAUGGAUGUGAUGAAACCAACGCUCAUAUAUAUUGGAGGACGAUGCUACCGAAAAAUGCCGUUUGAGCAGAAAAUCGAACAUCAUUCGGACCGUGUUCCAAAGCAACAUGCAAGUACGAAAAUUGAACCAGUUAAAUAAAAUGUUAUUAGAAGCUUCAUUUUUAAGCUUGUUCUUCCAUAAUUUUUCACUUGAUUUUCAUUGUCUUGAUCUCUUGCUCUUACGAUUCUUAAGGUCUUUCAGAACGGGUGGAUUGGGAAGAUGACGAAGCUUGCGAUGUGAGUGAAUCUGUUGAGAGGACAGAGCAGGGAUACAGGUUAUCUGUGGAAAUACCAAGCUCUUUAUUUAAAUUUAUCCUUGGAAGGAGGGCUGAAACAAAGAAGAAAAUCGAAAAAGAAACUAACACACAAAUAAUGGUUCCAAGACAGGGAGAGGAGGGAGAUAUUGGUGAGCUCCAAAUAGACCUUAUAAACAAUGCUGUCAGUACGUAGCCAUUACAUCACAGUUUGAUUCUUCUAGUAUAAGAAAUGAAACUCUUAAAUAGACAAGAAGUGGGAACUUUUCUGUAUCAUGACUUUGCGGUUAUCCUUGACUUCCCCCAACCAAGGUUAACCCCUAAACUCCCAUGAUCAGAUUGGUAAUUUUCCCCUUUAGCUGCUACACGUUUCCUUGUAAAUUAGUUAGGAGAGUUUGGUGAUAGAUCAAGAAAAUAACUUCUACCUGAUAAGUUUGAGUAUUCUCAUUACCUGUUUGCUGCAUAAUGUAUUGAUAUUAUACAGAGAAGUUGCACAUUGAUUACUUGUAAGAGCUAAAGGGUCAAGUGAAUAAUGGAGAUCUGUUGUCAUUAACAACUGAUGAGUUCAUAACUGCUGUUGAUAAAAUUGCUAAACAUUGUUUUAUGAUUAGAUUCUUGUUCUUAUUUAAUUCUGUUUUUUUUCUUUUGUCUCUUUGUAGUGAUAACUGGUCCCAACAGGAGUGGUGUUGUGGGAGCAAGAAGCAGGAUAGAGGUGAUUGCUGAAUCUUCCAGGCAGAAGAUUCCUUUCACCCAUUUUUUGUGUUUUCCUUUGUACAACAGUGACUUGGAACGGAAAAUGGAUGAAUUUAAAGUUAAAGUGCUCAAAGAUUGUUUUGAGGUAAUCAUCUUCUAGCUCACUAAAUAAUUGGUGGUAGUGUUGAUGACACUGUAAAUUAUUCAGUUGUCUUUGAUUCUGGUGGAAGAUAUUUUUGAAAAUCUGACUGACUCUACAAAGAAACAAAUCCUUUGAUGAUCAACAACUGUCACAAAGGGAUGUUUACUAAUGCCAGAAAAUAAUUAUGAAUGAUGUUGUACUUUGCAGUGUAGAGGGAUUGAUGCCAACAUCUUUCAGCUGCCAACUAAGAUUCAUUUAACUGUUGGUAUGCUGACCUUACUGAGUAUCAAAGAAGUGGUAAGGAUUUUUAACCUUUGAAUUUAACAUUUUGAUAACCUCUCUUGGUUAGGAUGCAGUAAAAUGUGAUGAUUAAGAUGGAUAAAACCAAUGGACCAUAGCUAGUACAUUUGUCUUUUAAAUUUUUGUUCUUGUUUAAGCUGUUAGGGCCAAAUUCCCUCUCUCCAUGAAAGUUAUCUUCGCUUCAUGUUGGAAUCAUGUUUUAUUCAGAUAACUGAAUAUUCUAUUAGUACAUUUCCUCUACAUUUUUCUUAGUAUUACUAACACUACUUCAAAAUUGGAUCCAGGAUUUAAACCAUACUUUAAUGUUCCUUCUGAAAAUAUGAUUUAAUUCCUAUAUUUCUAGUUAUAUUACAAUAUAUUUUACUUUAUUUGUAGAAAAAUGCAACAGACAUCUUGACACAGUGCUACCAAGACCUUGUUAAGUAAUUAUCAAACAUUUCUCAUGUUCUCUCAUCAUUCUGCAAGGGUUAUUACACUGGUAAACUGAUAGAAAGUGUGGUCCAUCUCUUGAAUGAAACAAAAAAGUUUUCAAAUGUUCUGAUUGGUGGCUCCUUGUUGUCUAUUGUUGGCUGUCAUCCUAAGUGUAGGUACAAACCAACUUGUUGAAAAAAAAAUGAACUGCAAAUGAAAUAGUUGUUGGGAAAAAUUCAUUUAAAUCAGCAGUAUUGUUGUAAUGUUCAGAUCAGUCUUAGUACCUUAAUCAAUUGUAUUCUUGAUGAAUUUUAACAAUGUGAACAUAAAGAUUUAAAAUUAAAGUUUUAAGCUGGAGAUACUUUUGAAUCUAAUGUAGUAUAAACUAUUUGUUGUUGUCUGUAGCAAGUGGCUUCACAACAAGCCAGUAGUGGUUGAACUCAAAGGUGUGGAGUGUAUGAAUGAUGAUCCUUCUGAAGUAAAUGUCUUGUAUGCAAAAGUGCUUGUAAAAGACAACUCUAACAGGUAAAUAAAAGGAUCAGCAAACCUUACUUACACAAUAUUUAAUCUCAUGAAAACUAACCCCCAGACUCUACUUUGAUAGGGUUUUUAUAAAAACUUUUCCUAAUUUUCCAUACUAUUGGUGUACAAUCUUGCUGUUCUAUGAGAUUCCAACUAACUUAUGUAUGUGCUGUCAGCCAGUGGUAAACGUGAAAAAGGUGGAUCAUUAAUUAUUUUCAGCUUUGAAAGUUAAUUUUGUGCUCUGGUCCUUAGCUAACACCAAUAUCAAUCUCAAUUUUGCCUUGGUAUUUGUUGAAUAUCUUAUUAACCGAAAAAAAAUUACAGUUGUCUUAAGAUUCAAUGAGUUUUAUUUAGGUAUCUUUGACCCAAAAUCAACUUCUUAAUGUCCACCGUAAGAAAUUUCUCAAAAUACCGGUAGUAGAGCUCAAAAAUGAACCGCUGAAAAUGAAAAGAUUUUUUGGGCUCUCGCCAUUGGAGUUUUCCAGCUAACGUUUUUUUUUCCUUUUCUCUCUUUUGCUCUACUUAACAAGGCUCCAGCUGUUGGCUAACGCGUUGGUCGAUACGUUCGUGUCUGCCGGUUUGAUGAAACGCGAAUACGACUGUGUCAAGUUACAUGCCACUGUAAUGAAUUCAAAACUUCGUGAUGAUGCCUAUGGAGCAGAAACUUCGACCAAAAGCGGCAGAGGCGAAGCGGCACCAAGAUUUAAAAAGAGAAUAUCAUUUGACGCAAGAAAAGUCAUUAGAGUAGGGAAUCAAUUGCUCUCUAAUUUUCGAUAGUUAUGUUUAACAAAAAAGAUACAUGUAUGACUAUUUAGUUCCUUAGUCCCUCUCCGCCUUGAUCAAACUGCUGUCUUUUAGGUUAUUGCUUAUUGAUCAAGAGUUGUCUCGCUGAUUUGUUACCAGUCUCUCCUUGACGCCCAUAACACCCAGCUGCCGUUAUGGAAAGUGGAAGCCACCGAAAUACGAAACUCUUUGAAGUCUUUUAAUUGUUUUGACCUUCCGCUUUUUUGAUGUAGUUCUGAUAUUCUUAAUAUUCCUCUUUUUCAGUCAUUUGAGGACUUCAGCUUUGGUGAAUAUCACCUGGACACGAUUCAUCUUUCAACUAGGGGAGUCUUUGAUUCCCAAGGACACUAUGAUUGUGCGACUUCUGUUCCUUUACCGUAAAAUCCUUCAAGGCAUUAUGAACAUUUGACGAGGAAUUUUUUUGUUCUCGAUUUCAUCAGUUAAUUGGUUUGGUAACACUGACGUUGAAGUAGGAAAAAGUUUAAGAAAGCCACGAAGUGAUUUUUUAGUGGAAUCGACCGUCAUGGCUCACCAUAAGUUACACUGCCUAGUAAUUCACGGAAUGCAUUUAACGAAUCUUUUCUACUAACUGUCGCAAUACCUAUCCAAACGACACGAAAAGCGGAAAGAUUGUGACAGAAUACUGGAUAAAUGCAAAAACAUGCUUCCGUUUUUGACGUUUCUCCUGUAAAACAACUGUGAGUAGUCUUUGGAACUCACACGACUAUUCCUUAAAAAUAUCGAUACCUCGAACUAGAAUCUCAGACGUGGCCAGCCAGAAUUAUGUUUCCAGAAUUAUGUUUCCAGAACUGAUAAUCACCGGAACUUUCGAAAAACUGGCCUUGUCAAAUAGACAUAUGAAUGGAUACUUUGUAGAAAUAAAUGACAGCCAGAGGCUGAAUUACCUAUAUACAAUUUAACAAUUGGUUCAUAUGUCAGCGUGCGUUCAUCGAGAUAUGAAGCGGGAAGUUUGGAGAGCACGAAAGAUGCAUAAGAGUUGCUCGAGGCGUAGCCGAAAGCAACUCUAGCUUCUCGAGUGCUCUCCAAACUUCCCAAGUGCUUCAUAUCUCAAUGAACGCACAGCUGACGUAUGACCCAAUUGUUUUAUAACAUUUUCAACCCGAUGGAACAUCUUUUUCUCGAAGGAUUUGUUUGCGGACGUCAUGAGCGUGCACAAUUGAAGAAAUGUAAAAUGGUUUCCGUGUUUACAUAGCCUGAUGUAAACACGUGGGAGGUUAGGAGAACACGAGAUAAGCGUAGGAAACCACUCCGCUGCGCGUCGUGGUUUCCAGCUUAUCAGAGCGCGCAUACUAUUUGAAUUAUUUUACAAAGGAAUAUGAAACACGCUCGCACAAUUGAAUUUGAUAAGACAAAUAUACUAGCUAUGUUAUAAAUAGUUGCGAUAAACUGUGACACAGCACAACACAACUUAAAAGCUCUUAAAAGGUUAAUGCUGUCGAUUUAAGAGAAAACACAACUAAAAAAUAGGUAUGCAAAGGCAUACAUGUGUCUAGUGUGAGCUAGUUGCUUGCAUGUACUUCAAAUUUUUUUUGUGGCAUACAGUUGUUACCUCUUUCGAUCUAUCCCAAUCAUAGCAGACGUUUUGGAGCUUAAAUGGAAACUACAUAUUCUAGGAAUAAUUUAAAUUUGAGCGUAAAAGCGACGGAAUUAGUUUUGGGGUAACAAAAAAUGCAAUUCUCAAAAGCGUAGGGAAAGGCCCGAAAAUGAAAACAGAACUUCCUAACUUCAAGUGAGACUCUGCGAUAUUUGACUAUUUUUUGGACUGAUAAUUUUAUUUUUUUAAGCGUUCAUAUGCUUUUAAGGUAUUAUUAAAUCGAAGAUAUUGUCUUUAAAUUAUUCAACUUCCAGAAUCUUUAACACAACGCUAUAGCCGUGAACUUAUGUAAACAACGAUGGUGCAUAUAUCGCCCAGGUCUUGUAAGUUCAAGAAAUUCCUUGGUUUUUUUCGUUUUUGAACGGUCUAUCUAAGACUUUUUGGAAUAAAGAGAUAUUUCUUGCUUAUUUUCCUUGAAUUUUAUCAAUAGCUUUUGGUCAAGAGAAAAUAUUAUAG